AUGGCCAACGGCGAGUCGAAAGAUGAGUGUGACCAAAGGGUUACCAGACUUUGGAAACGCCUGGGUGCCGAAAAGAAGGAUCACUUGGAUUACAAUGGGUUAAAGAAGGGCUUAAGGAAGAUCGAUCACCCACUAAAGAAUGCUGAUUCUAUGUUGCGGAACAUCUUUCGGUCCGUCGAUGCCAACAGUGAUGGGAUCAUAGAAUACUCUGAAUUCCGAGCGUUUGUUGACCGUGCUGAGCUCGAGCUCUCGCAGCUUUUCGAGAGUAUUGAUCACAACCGCAACGGGGAAAUCGACAAAGACGAGCUCAAAGCCGCUUUCGCAAAAUCCGGCGUCACCGUUUCGAAGGCCAAGCUAGACAAGUUUUUUGCGGACGUGGAUACGAAUAAAGAUGGAGUUAUCUCAUAUCCAGAGUGGAGGGACUUCCUCCUCUUCCUGUCCGGUUAUUCGGCUUACGACCUGCAUGCCGUCCUGUCAUACUACACUGCCACGGGAAAUCUAAACCCGGAAGGAGAUGUCCACAUCAACGAUCUGCAGGGUUUAGGUACAGACCACUCGUUUCUUACACGUUAUAUUUUGGCCAUCAGAGCACUUUUGUACAAUAUCUUCCCAGCACACAUUUUGACAACCCUCCUCCCGUCAGCCCACGCGGAAGCUCCGCAGUCUGCUUUUGCGAAUGAUUCCUCCGCCUGUGACGGUGAAUUAGAAUUGGAGUGGCUGCCCAUACCCAGGACCGUCGCCAUGUGGAUGUCCUUCCGAUAUUAUGAACAGAAGUUGACCGAGAAUACCCCUCAACUAGGUUAUUUCAUUGCUGGUGGUAUCGCAGGGGCCGUGUCCAGGACAGCCACUGCGCCAUUGGACCGACUUAAAGUAUAUCUCAUCGCGAAGACCGGAUCAAAAUCGCCCGCCGUCAGUGCCGCGAAAGAUGGAGCUCCACUUAAGGCGGCUGGGAGAGCCUCCAAGUCCCUGGUUGAUGCGGUGAAAGAGCUCUGGAGGGCGGGCGGUAUCCGGAGUCUUUUUGCAGAAGGCAACGGGUUGAACGUUGUCAAAGUCAUGCCCGAAUCAGCCAUAAAAUUUGGAGCCUACGAGUCUGCAAAACGUGCCUUCGCUCGUCUUGAGGGCCACAAUGAUCCAAAGCGCCUUAGACCCACCUCACAGUUUCUAUCCGGAGGAUGUGGUGGAAUGGUUGCCCAAUGCUUUGUUUACCCCCUUGAUACCCUGAAAUUUCGGAUGCAAUGCGAAAUCGUUGAAGGUGGUUUGAAGGGCAACCAACUAAUCGCGGCUACAGCUCAGAAGGUGUGGAACAAAAAUGGCAUGUUCGGAUUCUUCCGUGGUCUGCCGCUUGGUCUUAUGGGGAUGUUCCCCUACGCGGCCAUUGAUCUUUCAACAUUUGAAUACUUGAAGCGCACCUUACUUGCUCGAAAAGCACGUCUACAUGGCUGCCAUGAAGACGAUAUUCCUCUUAACAAUUUCACAACAGGAGCUAUUGGUGCCAUUAGUGGAGGUGCUAGCGCCUCUGUUGUUUACCCUUUGAACGUCCUUCGAACUCGAAUGCAGGCCCAGGGCACUAUCCUCCAUCCAACAACCUACAAUGGUGUCAUGGAUGUCGCCCGCAAAACAAUUCAGAGCGAAGGUUUGCGUGGAUUCUAUAAAGGACUCACUCCGAACCUUCUUAAGGUCGCGCCGGCUGUGUCUAUCAGUUACAUCGUCUACGAAAACUCGAAGCGAAUGCUCGGUUUGAGGUAG